AUGUUGGCCGCCAAAGCGGCGACAAUGAUUGACUGUGCGGCGAAUCAACGGCUCCUGAUGGAUCGGACGGCGAUGAGAGCUUUCCAACAUGCUGUCGAUGAGAUUCUACAUGUUUGCCAUGUUGACAUGCACAUUAAGGUAAGGUUUUAAAAGUUUUGGGUGGAAAAGGCAUUUUAAAAUGGUUUUUUUGGAAAAGGGACAUCUUAUACGAUGCAACAUGCACUGGCGGAGAAAAAUAAAGUUUUGCUAACAGAAUGCUAGAUAUAUUUACACCUAAAAUUCUUAUUUUCACUCAAAAAUCUUCUUAAUUUCAGGUAGAAAUGUCCGAAUUCCAUUCAAAUCACGUCACGUUUCGUCAGAAGAUCCCAUCACAACAUGAGACAGUCCAUUUCAUGAAGGAAGCGUUUGAGUACGUUCAUACUCAUCCGGUUGGACCACCACAUUUGCUUCCAGAGCACGAACAUUAUGUGAUUCAGUCGUUCGAAGAACACUCACAUCAGAAAUGGAUUGACUUGAAGGAGGAUUCUGAAGUCAACGAAGUUGUCUUCGAAGGAUUCGUCAGAUUGCCUAGGAAGCUACAGAAAUUGAUCAUGUAGGUUUGAAAUGACAUUUUUAGAGAUUUUGAAAAUUGAUGGUAGGGUGAUUUUUUUCGGGCAAAGGAUUUUAGGGGCAUGGUAUUUUUAUGAUGAAGGGGGGGGGGGGAGGGAGAACUUAUUUUUAGGGUAGAGUAGGUACAGUACAUCGGGUGAUAAUAGGGUAGAUUACGCCAGUUUUUGGUCAGGUUCAGGUUUUAGGUCAGGGCAUGACAGGAAAAGGUAGGGGUGUUUUUUUUGGAUAAUGUAAAGCUAGGUAAGAUAAUUUACAUGGCAUGGUAUUUUUUUAUAGGGUAGGGCAGGGGACAAGAUAGAUAAUUUUUAAGUCAGUGCUUUUUACAGGGCGCGGCGACAUUUUUUAGGGUAUGGGUAGGGGAAAGUACGGUAGAAUAAGUGGGUUUGUAAGGGAAGGACAUGAGUGACGUAGUACAGGGUAUGGUAGGACAUUUUAGAGACAGUAAAGGAUAUGUAAGGGCGCUGUAGGGUAUGGCAAUAGGGUAGGAUAGGGUAGAGUAGGGCAGGGCAGGGUAGGGUAAGGUAGGGUAAUAUACGGUAAUGAAGUGAUAUUUAUAGUGCUAAAAUCAACAUUUCAGUUCAAUGGUACCAUCCGAUCACAAAGAUACCCAAAAAUGCACGGUCGUGGCAGGUCUUGCUCAUGUCCGUAUGUCCAGUCGAUUGUUACGUCGAAUUGGAAACGACGUGAUCAACGAACACAUCUUUUCAAUUGAUUGUUUUGCUACUCUUUAG